CAGAGCUGCAUCCGGAGCAGAGCUGCAGCAGCGCCGCCUUUUGUGCUGAGGCCGCCGCCGAGCCCCCCAGGGCAGCCUCCUCUCCUUCCCUCCCUCCACCCUAACCAUGGCCUGCCUCCACGAGACCCGAACACCCUCGCCCUCCUUUGGAGGCUUCAUGGCAGCCCUAAGCGAAGCCUCCGUUCGAAAACUCGACCCAGACACUUCGGACUGCACUCCAGAGAAGGACCUGACCCCUACCCAGUGUGUGUUGAGGGAUGUGGUGCCCCUGGGUGGGCAGGGGGGAAGUGGGCACAGUCCCUCCCCGGGUGGGGAAGCCCCCACAGAAGCCUUUGCCAACAGUGUCCUGCAACUGCAUGAGCAGGAGGCUGGGGGCCCAGGAGGGGCUACAGGGCCCACGGAAGGCCGGACGCCCCGGUUCCGGGCGGAUGAAGUCAGGCUGCAGUGCCAGAGUGGCAGCGGCUUCCUGGAAGGCCUUUUUGGCUGUCUUCGUCCAGUCUGGACCAUGAUUGGCAAAGCUUAUUCCACAGAACACAAGCAACAACAGGAAGACUUGUGGGAGGUGCCCUUUGAGGAGAUCCUGGACCUGCAGUGGGUGGGUUCUGGGGCCCAAGGUGCUGUAUUCCUGGGACGCUUCCACGGGGAGGAGGUGGCUGUGAAAAAGGUUCGGGACCUCAAGGAGACUGACAUCAAGCACCUUCGGAAACUCAAGCAUCCCAACAUUAUCACUUUCAAGGGCGUAUGUACCCAGGCCCCCUGCUACUGUAUCCUGAUGGAGUUCUGCGCCCAGGGCCAGUUAUACGAGGUACUCCGGGCAGGACGUCCUGUCACCCCGUCCCUGCUAGUCGACUGGUCUAUGGGCAUUGCUGGCGGCAUGAACUACCUGCAUUUACACAAGAUCAUCCACCGAGACCUCAAAUCCCCAAACAUGCUGAUCACUUAUGAUGAUGUGGUCAAGAUCUCGGACUUUGGGACAUCCAAGGAGCUCAGCGACAAGAGCACCAAGAUGUCGUUUGCAGGGACAGUGGCUUGGAUGGCCCCAGAGGUGAUCCGGAAUGAGCCUGUAUCUGAGAAGGUGGACAUUUGGUCAUUUGGUGUGGUGCUGUGGGAGCUGCUGACUGGUGAAAUCCCCUACAAAGAUGUUGACUCAUCGGCCAUCAUCUGGGGUGUGGGCAGUAAUAGCCUUCAUUUACCUGUGCCAUCCAGCUGCCCCGAUGGCUUCAAGAUACUUCUCCGCCAGUGCUGGAAUAGCAAGCCCCGGAACCGACCUUCAUUCAGGCAGAUCUUGCUGCAUCUGGACAUUGCCUCAGCGGAUGUCCUGUCCACACCCCAGGAAACCUAUUUCAAAUCCCAGGCAGAGUGGAGGGAGGAAGUGAAGCUGCAUUUUGAAAAGAUCAAGUCUGAGGGAACCUGUCUACACCGGUUAGAGGAAGAGCUGGUGACUCGAAGAAGAGAGGAACUCAGACAUGCCUUGGACAUCCGGGAACAUUACGAACGCAAGCUGGAGCGUGCCAACAACUUGUACAUGGAGCUCAACGCCCUGAUGCUGCAGCUGGAACUCAAGGAGAGGGAGCUGCUGAGGCGGGAGCAGGCCUUGGAGCGGAGAUGCCCCGGGCUUCUGAAGCCUCACCCUCCCCGGGGUCUCCUGCACGGCAACACGGUGGAGAAGCUCAUCAAGAAGAGGAACGUUCCGCAGAAGCUGUCGCCCCACAGCAAGAGGCCAGAUAUCCUCAAAACGGAAUCCUUGCUCCCCAAGCUAGACGCGGCCCUGAGCAGCGUGGGGCUCCCCGGGUGUCCCAAGGGGCCUCCCUCCCCUGGACGGAGCCGUCGCGGCAAAACCCGCCACCGGAAGGCCAGCUCCAAGGGCAGCUGUGGUGACCUGCUCGGGUUUCGGGCGUCUGUACCUAAUCCUGAACCUGGGGGGCCAGGGCACCCUGGGAGCAUAGCGGGGGGCCCUUCGGCCUGGGAGGUCUGCCCGCCUGCCCUCCGAGGCCUCCACCAUGAUCUCCUGCUCAGAAAGAUGUCGUCAUCCUCCCCAGACCUGUUAUCUGCAGCACUGGGAGCCCGGGGCAGAGGGGCGGGGGGCGGCGCCCUGGAGCCCAGCUCACCCCCUCCGGCCCAGGGAGACACCCCUCCCAGCGAGGGGUCAGCUCCCGGCUCCACCAGCCCCGAUUCCCCCGGAGGAGCCAAAGGGGAGCCGCCCCCGGCGGGGGCCCAGGGUGAAAGCGUGGGGCUGCUGGGCUCUAGUCGGGAGGGAACAGCCGCGAGAGGAAGCAGGGCCUCGGCCCAGCACCUGACCCCGGCUGCGCUGCUGUAUCGGGCUGCAGUCACUCGGAGCCAGAAGCGUGGCGUAUCUUCAGAGGAAGAGGAAGGCGAGGUGGACAGUGAGGUGGAGCUGCCAACGAGGCAGAGGUGGCCCCAAGGCCUGAACAAACGGCAGUCACUGUCCACCUUCAGCUCCGAGAACUUGUCCGACGGAGAAGAAGGCACGGCCAGCGAGCCGUCCCCCAGCGGCACCCCAGAGGUGGGCAGCACUAACACGGAUGAGCGACCCGACGAACGGUCCGACGACAUGUGUUCCCAGGGCUCCGAGAUCCCGCUGGACCCGCUGGCUCCAGACGGGAGCCCGGGACAGGAAGCGGGGUCCCAGCCCAGUAGCCAGGAGGUGCCAAACCAAGCCUUACUCAGAAGGGAGCAGGGCCUCAACUCGGAGGACUCGGACUUGGACAGCACCGAACUGGAUCAGGCAGGCAGCGCCGACGCCCUGCAGCCCCCGGCCUCCCUCCCUCCCUGAAUGCCGCCCUCGCCCAAUGUAGAAAAAUAUUUAUACAAAUGAUAUAUAUAUACGACACAUAUUCAACAGAGCUGGGCUCCUCCCAGAACUCCCCUCCUCACCACGGUCAGCCAGCUGUCAAUCAAGGCCCGCGAGGUCCCCCUUGGCCCCGCCCUCUCUCCCCUCAAGCUCCCUGGCGGGAGCUGCCUAACUGCACUUUUUUUGGUUUCUGACCCUGUUUACAGACUUUGCACUUGGGAGGAGGGAGGCCAGGCCCAGUCCUCUCCUCUGGGGCUUCUCAGGUGAUGGUUCACCCACUGUCCCUUUUUAAAGCCCUCCCCUUUCACUGGCUCCAGGACUGGGGGAAGGAGAGGCAGGCAGAGAGCAUGUGGUGCCUGGCUGGUGGGCUCCUCCACACCAAGGCCAGCUGCCUUCUGGGGUGGGGACGAGGCCACUGUUGUCAACCCUGUAAGAUACCUUGAAAUAUAACCAAUCCACGCAGGCG